AUGACGAUAAAGAAUAAGGCGAAGAAGGUCAGCAAACUCCCACCCAAGCAAAAAGGCAGGAAGAUACCGUUAUUGCGAAAAGACACCAAAAAGACUAAGCUGAAGGUUGAGAACUUAAACAAAGAAGGAAGUGAUAUAGCAGAAAUCGUUAGGCUCAGUGCAGUUGGGGUCAUACGACGGGCUACAUGCAGUCUGAAUACACUGGAAAACAAAAGUUUGCAAAGUGAUUGGAAGAAGGACAAAAGGAUCCAGGAAAAGGCGAACGCCAAGAAGCAGGAAAUCGCUGACAAACUCGAAAAGCAGAUAGAGUCAAUUUCAAGCUUUUCGCUGUGA